ACCAGUCUGGAAGACCUUUAGGUGCCCUGUGCUCACAGCCCAAGCUGCUAAGUCUGGAUGCUGUCCCGGAUACAUUACCAUAAAGAGGAAAUUCCUUUUUUCUGCUGUGGGAUGCUGCCAGCCUUAUAUACCAGGUCUGACUCUUGAGCUGAUGCUAGUGGUUGCCCGCCUCUACUCUUGAACUCUCGCCACCCAGUUUCUUGUCAGGUCAGGAGAACAUAAAAAGCCAAGAUGGCGCCUAAGAUGACCUCAAGUCGCAAGCAUCACCUGAAGAGUGUGAUGCUUGCGAUUGCUGAGCAGCGUAUGGAGAAGGAGAAAGCUGAUAUUGUAGCAGCCAAAGAGGCCUACCUGAAUGAGCAUUGUCCUGAGCCUUCUCUGCCCGGCACUCUUGAGGAACUUCAGAAAAUUUGCAAAGAACUCCAUCAGAAGAUUGACAAAGUGGAUGAAGAGAGAUAUGACGCAGAUUCUAAAGUCACAAAGGGGGCAAAGGAGGUUGAAGAUCUCAGGUUCAAGAUAACAGAGAUGAAGGGUAUGAAGAAACCAGCUCUGAAGAAAGUACGCAUGUCUGCCGAUCAGAUGCUUCAGGCUCUGCUGGGCUCCAAGCACAAGGUCACCAUGGACUUGAGAUCCAACCUGAAGCAGGUGAAGAAGGAGGUCAAGCAGGAGGCGACUGGCGACUGGCGCCAGAACGUUGAGGAGAAGAAGGACAAGAAGAAGAUGUUUGAGGGUGCUGAGGCGUAAAUUCAAGAGCCUCUUGUUUAUACUUUUCUGCAGGCAUAAAUUCAAGAGUGUGUCCCCAGAAGUUGAUAUCCACCUCAAAAGUGUUGUAAACAUGGACAGAAAGUGGAUGGCAGGAAGAAGAUGGAUUGAGGCCUUUUAUGCUUUUUCUUCAUGUCUUUUUAUGUUCUCUAAAUCUUGACAGAAAUGAAUGACUUUGCUUAUCAAAAUGCGGUAUAUUUAUCUAGAACAGACUUGUUAUGGUUACAGACUAUGUUCAUUAAACAAUGCGUUUUAAAGUA